AUGAACGUUAAAAAAUUUUCUGUGCUUUCAUAUAUUUGGAGAAGAAAACAAAAAUUGCAUAUUUCAAAUUUUUAUGAAAGUAUAAAUAACUUCCAAAUUUUUAAUUUUCCUUUUUAUAAAAAGAAUAAUUUUUUUAUCCCGUAUAGCACAUAUGUAGAAAAGAAUAUUGUAAGAAAUAGAGCGAGCGAAAUAGAUAAAGGCAUUCAGUUAACUAACGCUAAGGUUACGGACAGUGUGUGUAGUUAUAUCAGUAGUGACGAUUCAGAUGAUGAAGUAGAAGCAGAAGAAAAAGAAGUAAAAGAAAAAGGAGAAGAAAUAGGCGAAACUGUUGGGAAGGUCUAUCCCGAAAUUUCCUCUAAUACAAAUAGAGUUCGUGAUGAGAAAGCUUCUUCAUAUGAUAGAUCUGAAUUGAAAAAUAGCACUCACAUAGCUACACACAAGAACAGUAGUAGAAAAAUACCUAGUAGCUAUGAUAAAUAUGUUGAUUAUCUUUCGUACAAUAAUAAUUUGGUGGAAGCAACAAAUAACGACAUCGUAACGACAAAAUGUACUACUAAUUAUGUAGAUUUACAUGGUAAUAAAAAAACUAAUGAGGAAAGGAAUAAUACCAUUAGUGUGUGUAAAAAUAUGCAUUCUUCAUAUUCUAAUGAUGUUUCGUAUUUUAAUAAUUAUUCGUCUAUGAUGAAAGGAAGCAACGUGAAUGGUGAUAGUAAAAGUAAGGACUAUACAGAGAUGAAAUAUUAUUUAAAUUCAUAUAUAAAUAAAAAGGAAAAAGUAUAUAAUCCGAAUAAACCUAACAAGGUUAAUUCAUUGAGUGAAGAAUUAAAAAAGUUAGAAAUAUCAUUAAGGCCUUUACAGAACGAUAUUAACAAUGUAAAGUUGUUUCUUAAUUUUUUGCAAAAUGAAAUAAAUAAACAUUAUAAAAAUUGUCAUGUAACUCCAUUCGGUUCUAUAAUAAAUGGUUUGUGGACGAAAAAUAGUGAUAUUGAUAUAUGUAUCCAAAUACCUGUAUUACUUAAUAGAAAAGAUCAGGUAAAAUUUUUAAAAAAAAUUUGUUUAAUAUUAGAUAGUUUUAAUAAUGGAAUAAUUGAACAAAGGUUUUCAGCCAAAGUACCCAUUAUACACUUUUAUUGUAAAUGUUAUAAAAAUUCAUUUGAGUUAUCAUGUGACAUUUCAAUAAAUAAUAUAUUAGCAGUAAUUAAUUCAAAAUUAAUUCAAAAAUACGUAAGUAUAGAUAAAAGAUUACAAAUCAUGGGAAUAGCUUUAAAAUAUUGGUCAAAAAAUAGAAAUAUAAAUGAUAGAUCAAAAGGAUUUUUAUCAUCUUUUUCAUUAAUUUUAAUGUUAAUUCAUUUUCUGCAGUAUGUUGUGGAACCGAAAAUAUUACCAUCACUACAAGACAUUUCAUUUAAAAGAAAUGAGAAACCAUUUUAUGUAAUGGGUGUUGACUGCAAAUUUUGUCAAGAUGAAGCUGUUAUAAGAGAAGAAUUAAAAAGGAUGAAUAACUGUAACAGUUAUAGCAGUUAUGACAAUUGUGCCCGUGACAGAUACAGCUACAGUGGUAGUAACAGUAACAAUAAGAAUAACAGUUGCAAUAAUUUUGAUGUAGACAUUUCAACACUAUUAAUAGAGUUUUUUAAAUUUUAUGGCUAUAAGUAUAAAAGUGGUAUAAUAGCAAUAAGGGAUAUAAAUGAUUAUUACCAAAACUUCCAAGCAUUAAAAAAUUAUGAAUCUUAUUUUCUUUUUGUUGAUAAUCCUUUUGAAGUAGGAAAGGAUGUUGCAAAUGUUUUGCCUCAAAAUUAUAAGACUAUUGUAAAUGAAAUGAAGAGAGCAUAUAAAAUUUUAAAAAACAACGGAUCAUGGAAAGACGUAUGCUCUUUUAGCGAUAAUUUAAUUUAUUCCUAA